GCAGAGGUAACAGGUCAACACACUUGUUGACUCGGGAUGCAAGUCCAGCCUCUCCCUACUUAUCCGUCACAACUGGGUCACGAGGUCCGCCGCUGCGAUCAAAAAGACGACCGGAAGAAGGGAGGUUGCAGGAAGCUUGGCCAUGAAUUUGCGUGUGCCGUUGCUGUUGCUCCUCCUACUCCUAUUCCUGCCGCCGCAGCCAUCGUCGUCGUCGUCGGAUCUUAAUCCAAACGUGUUCGAGGCGGAUGCGAGCAACUGUACAAACAUUCCCUACCCUUUCGGCGUCCGAAACCUGUCUUCCUUCAUCCCCGGUUUCGAGAUCGACUGCAACGUCCGCGGCGGCCUUCCCACUCUGUCGAUCGGCACCAAGAAGCUACAACUCCUGAACAUAUCGGUGCAAGAAGGCUACGUGCGCGGCUUGCUCAGUCCGCUCGCCUUUGGGUACUGUAGCAGGGGACUUGCAGCCCCAACCACCGGGAUCAGCCUGGAAGGCACUCCCUUCAGCUUCUCCGACACCAGGAACAAGUACACGGUGAUCGGCUGCGACGCCAUGGUCGUCUUCCAGGGCCCCGGCGGUUCCCACGCUCACAACGACAUCAGGGGAUGCGUGGCGUUCUGCGCCUCCCCGUUCACCCAGCAGAGCAUGGUGAACGGCUAUUGCUCCGGCAUCGGCUGCUGUCAGGCCGCCGUCCCCCGCGGUCUCAAGAGCUUCAACGCCAGCCACAGCAGCAUCAGGAACCUCACCCACUGUCACGUCGACAACAGUACCUGCAGCGAGGUGUUCUUGGUCGACCAGAACGACUUCACCUUCUCUGCGAGAGACGUCAACACGAUCACCGGUUCCACGACGCGGCCGGUUGUCCUGGACUGGGCGAUAGGGAACGAGACGUGCGACGAGGUCAAGCACAGGAACAAGUCGGAACUCGCUUGCGGGCACAACAGCGACUGCUACGACUCCCCAAACGGAGGCUACCGCUGCAACUGCUCUCAAGGCUACGCCGGGAACCCAUACCUAUCAACUACACAAGGAUGCACAGAUAUCGACGAGUGUAGCUACCCACACUCGAACCCUUGCGUGUGGAAAUGCAUCAACAAGCGAGGGAGCUUCCACUGCCCUUGUCCUCCGGGAAGCAGUGGAGAUGGCACACAUGGAGGAUCCGGUUGCCAAAGGGACACGUUCCUUGAGAUUGGUUUAGGAGUUGGGCUGUCCCUUUUGGUCAUGAUCGUAGGAGGAGGCAUCUGGGUAUACUUCGGACUGCAGAGGAGAAGGCUCACCAAGCUCAAGCAACAGCACUUCCUGCAGAACGGAGGCUUGUUACUGCAGCAGCAUGUCUCUUCGAGGGAGUUCAGCGCCAGAAUCUUCACGAUCGAGGAACUGGAAAGGGCGACCGACAACUUCGACGAGGUUAAUGUGGUCGGCCGUGGAGGACACGGGACGGUGUACAGAGGCGUCCUACCGGAUCAGCAGGUGGUGGCCAUCAAGAGGUCAAAGUUCAUGGACGAGAGCCAGAUCGAACACUUCAUAAACGAGGUGGCGAUCCUCUUCAGAAUCCGCCACAGGAACGUGGUUCGUCUGCUCGGCUGCUGCCUGGAAACUCAGAUCCCGCUGCUGGUUUACGAGUUCGUGUCGAACGGAAGUCUGUUCCAACAUCUCCACGAGAGCGGCGGCGCUCCUCCCCUGUCGUGGGAGACCCGUCUGAGGAUUGCCGCGGAAACUGCAGGAGCGCUCGCCUUCUUGCACUGCAAGCCUUCCGCUCCGGUCAUCCACCGGGACGUCAAGUCCGCCAACAUACUUUUGGAUGAGAAUUACACGGCGAAGGUAUCGGAUUUCGGGGCUUCCCGAUUGGUUCCGCUCAACCAAACUCAUGUGACGACGCUCGUCCAGGGAACGCUCGGGUACUUGGAUCCCGAGUACUUCCACACCAGCCAGCUGACGGAGAAGAGCGACGUGUAUAGCUUCGGGGUGGUUCUGCUGGAGCUGCUGACUUCGGAGAAGCCGAUAUCGUUUUGCAGAUCGGAGACGGCGAGGAACCUGGUGGCACAUUUCUACACGUACCUGAAGGAGAACAACCUUCUUAAUCUGGUGGAUGCGAGGCUGGUGGAGGAGGCCGGGGCGAUGCAGUUGCUGGCGAUAGCUCAGGUCGCGAAGACUUGCGUGGCCCUGGAAUCGUCGGAGAGGCCGACCAUGAAGGAGUUGGCGGUGGAGCUCAGGGCACUGAGCAGGCUCAUGAAGCGGCACGCGGAGUUGCGGCGUCCUCAGGAGGAGGAAGACGGCUCUUCACGCAGAUUGGCGCCCCAUGGAAGCGGGAACGAUGUCGGACGAGACGACGACGCGGAAAUGCAUCUGUUGUGGCAAGACGACGUUGGAUCAUCCAAAAGCAGAGGAAAUCCACCUCUAACGUCGACCACUUUCCAAGCUUGGUUGGAACACAUGACGAAGACAGCUACAGAAACGCGACACAGAAGACGACUCCGACGACUUCACAUGUCAAGUCUUACUCGGAGCUCGAAGCUGCGUAGUAGAAGGCAAUUGGUAUAUGGUAGAGAGAGAGAGGAGAGGAUGAGGGAGACGAGGAGAGGAAGCAUGAGUCCCUUGACAUUUGUCGCUCUCCUCCAGCUGCUCAGUCUGCCACCACUUGCAUCCGGUAAUCGGCUGAAUCCUUCGGUGUUGCAGAAGGAUAGCCCCCACUGCUACGACAUUCCCGUGCCCUUUCCCUUCGGCAUCAACGGAACCGGCACUUUUCGUCCAGGGUUCGAGAUUACCUGCAACAACACCCAAGGCAACCCUGCCAUGCUGUCCUUCGGCGCCAAUUUGCAAUUCCAGUUGUUGAACAUAUCCUUGGAGGGCGGCUAUGUCAGGAUUGUGGGACGAGCCAUAACAUGGUUCUGUUACAACACCACCACCGGCGAGGACGUACCCUUCAGUCUUGCUAUCGAUCUCAAAGGAACCCCCUUCACCUACUCAGACACGAUGAACAAGUUCACCGCCAUCGGUUGCGACGCCAUGGCCAUGAUCCAAGGCUCCGGUCCUCAUAACUACACCGGCGGUUGCGUGUCUUUCUGCGCCACUCGCGACAGCGUCAUCAGCGGCUCCUGCUCCGGCGUCGGGUGCUGCCAGGCUUCCGUGCCCAGGGGCCUCAAGAGUCUCAAGUUGAACUUCAGUAGCAUCAGGACCAUGACCGGCUCCAAGAAAGACACCUCGGGAGCAUGUAGCAAGGCCUUCAUCGUGGACAAAGACUGGUUCAAGUUCUCCACCGAGGACCUCGAGGCGAAUGACAAUGAUGACAACAGGCCGGUGGUGUUGGAGUGGUCCAUCGGCAACCAAACGUGCGAGGAAGUGCAGAGGAGGAAACCCCCGGACUACGCUUGCGUGGAUGAGCACAGCCGGUGCUACAACUCGGGCAACGGCAUCGGAUACCGCUGCAACUGCUCCCAGGGCUACGCCGGGAACCCUUAUGUUUCCGGUGGAUGCCGAGACAUCGAUGAGUGUAUAGAUCCAAGGAUGAACAACUGCGUGUGGAGGUGUAUCAACAAAGAAGGAGAUUUUGAUUGCAUUUGCCCACCAGGAUCCAGCGGCGACGGUAGAAAACAGGGCAGUGGCUGCAGAAAAGUUGCGCUUCUGGAGAUUGGACUAGGUCUGGGUCUGGCUCUCUUGGUCAUGCUGCUCCUCGUGGGCGUCUGCGCUUACUGGGGUGUGAAGAGAAGGAAGACGAGGAAGCUGAAGCAGAAGUACUUCCUGCAGAAUGGAGGAUUGCUGUUGCAGCAACAGAUAUCGUCGCGGCAGGCAGCGGCCAGGAUAUUUAGCUCGGAAGAGCUGGAGAGCGCAACCGAGAACUUCAACGAGACUCGAGUCCUCGGGCACGGGGGAUACGGUACGGUGUACAGAGGGGUCCUAUCCGACGGAAGAGUGGUGGCGAUCAAGAAGUCCAAACUGGUCGACCAAAGCCAAAUCGAGCAGUUCAUCAACGAGGUAGUCAUCCUUUCCCAGAUCAACCACAAGAACGUCGUCAAGCUCCUGGGUUGCUGUUUGGAGACACAGGUGCCGCUGCUGGUGUACGAGUACAUAUCCAACGGAACCCUCUCGCAUCACGUCCAUGGCUCCAGGGUUCCGAUGUCGUGGGAGAACCGGUUGAGGAUCGCCGUGGAAACGGCAGGAGCACUUGCGUACUUGCACUCGGCGUCGGCGAAACCUAUCAUUCACAGGGACGUCAAGUCAGCGAACAUACUUUUGGACGAGGAUUACACGGCAAAGGUGUCGGACUUUGGAGCGUCAAGGUUGAUCCCCUACGACCAGACUCAUCUGACGACGUUGGUGCAGGGGACCCUCGGGUACCUCGACCCGGAGUACUUCCGGACGAGCAUAUUGACGGAGAAGAGCGAUGUGUACAGCUUUGGUGUGGUUCUGAUGGAGCUGUUGAUGCGAGAGAAGCCCAUAUCACCUGGGAGGCCGGAAGAAGAGAGAAAUCUGGCCUUCCGUUUUGUUACGUUGUUGGAAGAGAAGAGGCUCCUUAGCGUGGUGGACCGUCGAACGGUGGAGGAGGCAGGCGAGAGGCAGCUGCAUGCGGCUGCGCAGCUGGCUAGAAGAUGCUUGAACUUGAGAGGGGAAGACAGGCCCACGAUGAAGGAGGUGACGGUCGAGCUCAACGCGCUCGGAAGGCUCUUGAUGCAACAUUCAGCACGGGAGAGACGUAAGAAAGGGCGGUCUCUCGGCGUGCCUUGGGAGUUCGGUGGCGGCGGCACCGAAGAAGAGAAUGGAUCGUCUGGAGUUUUCAGUGAGUCAGCAUCUUUAACGGGACGGUAGUGUGAUUUGCCCAAAUUGUGGAGGCCCAAAUUGCAAUUUGGGCCAUUACUUAAAAGAGUACUUGUCAUCAGAUUUUGAUCUGUAACUACAUUGCAUCCAUGAAUUUCUAUUAUCCCUU